UAUAUUCGACAUACGUUAUAUAUAUUUUAGCUAGUUAUCAUUAAUAGCGUGUUGGAAAGUUAGUUAUUUUUAAAUAUAUUGAUAUGGAGCAGCUUAUUAUUGGCUAAUUUAACUGUUUAUCAAUACUUCUACAUUUUGGAUUCCUUUAGGAGACUUCCAUUUGUAGGUCAUAACUGAAACGUGGAUUUUUUAAUUUCUCGUAGUAAUUGUCUCAAAGUAUAGAUGUCGACUCUGUAUCGACGAAGUCAUAAGUACCAUUCAUUAUCUAUUCCUUGUAAGUUAAGGAAUUCCUCGUUUUCAACGACCGUAACACAUCGUAUGAUUUAUUUUACCAGUUACAAUUUUACCACUUGACAAGAGGAAUUCUCUGUCUUUUAAUGAACAAAUAACGACUGUUACUUAUGUUUUAUUUACGCAAAGUGAUACAUUUAUUUCCUUUUAGCUAUUAUACUUUCGGUCAAUUGGCGUGCACAAUUAAAAAUGAUCCAUGUCUCGGUUAUAACCUACAUCUGCCUGAUUCAUGUGCUUCCCGAGGAUGACCCAAAAAUCGAAUACGCAAUUUAAACAACCUUUGCAAUUUCUCUCCCACCUCCACCUCGAAAACAAACAUUUACUUCGGAUGAUACAUUCUCUUGAUCCAAGGAAAUUUCGUUGUAUGAAUUUUUGGCUCAUCUUGCUUUAAAUUUCCUUUCAACUUUAAUCAAAUGAAAAAUACUGAAAUCCGCGAAGAUAAAAAUCAAGACGGAGGUUCUCGACGAGAUCGAGAAUUUUUCCGCAGGCGAUGACCUCGAAGACAACUCGAAGGUCGUGACGAAGGAAAAGCUGCGCGCCACGGACGACCCUAGAACGCGAGGAGGAUUGGAGCUGAGAAGAGGAAGCUUCGCGCAGUUCAAAACGGAACCGGCGACGUUCGCCGAAUUCGUCGACUUCGAGGACUAUAUAGAGGCUCUGUCGAGCGGGAAACAUCUGUUAUGCAGCGUCUGCAAGAUCGUGUUCCCCGACGAAGCUGAGUUCAAGACGCACAUGGUCGACCACAGCCACGGGAAAUUAUUCCAGUGUGGUUUUUGUAGGAAACAGUUUUCACGGUCAGCAGCCCUCAAGGAUCACAUCCAGGUGCACGAAUCCUUCAAGGCCUUCAGGUGCAGGCACUGCGGUCUUCGAUUCGAGGACAAGGAUCAGUUGAAGGACCACCGAUCGGAGGCGCACUCGACACGGCGGUCGUUCGAGUGCGCGGUGUGCAAGAAGAAGCUGCUCCAUCGGCAGUCGCUGCGCGAUCACAAACUGAUGCACACGAACGUGAAACCGUUCGAGUGCACCGUCUGCAAGAAAAGGUUCCUGAGGCCGAGCAGCCUGAGGGCUCACAUGAUCGUUCACACCGCGGACCUGCCCUACAAGUGUGACGUGUGCUCCGCCAAGUUCAAGCGCUCCUCCGUGCUCAAGACCCACAAGCUGACGCACACUGGCGUCAGGAGGUUCGAGUGUGAUAUAUGCAAGCGUCGUUUUCACCUGAAAGGCGCUCUGAAGCAUCACAUACUCUCGCACUAUGGAGUAAGGCCCUACAAGUGCGAGGAUUGCGGCAAGUGUUACAGGAGGUCUUGGGGCCUGAAGGUCCACAGAUACCGUCACACAGGUGUGAAACGGUUCGAGUGCGACCUCUGCAAGUCACGAUUCACCGUGAAAACGAAGCUAGCGAAGCACAUUUACGGCCACAUAGGUGAAAAACCUUACAAAUGCGAUUUCUGUGGACGCCAGUAUGGCGAACGCUAUCAACUUAGGUCACACAAAUGCGCGGCUACCGUUCGAAACCAAUCCAGAGCGACGAUCGAGCGUGGAUUUUCAGACUCUGUCACUCAGAUCGUAUUUUUUCGACCCAAGUCCUCGAACGAUCGAAGCGAUACGAGUGCUAAGAUCUGUUGAUCUCAUUUUUAGGUGAAACUUUCGCGGUCCAGUUUGUUUUUGCACGAAAAGCUGUCUGUGACCCUGGGUUUUAACAACGAUUGUAAUAAUUGAGGAGCAUUUAUUACUCAGCAGUUUGAAAGGAAGCAUUUGUAAUGAAAUGAGUGUAUAAAAAUUGUGAGAUAUGGUUACGCAGUAUGAAUAUUAUUUCGUGCUUAAAAAAAUGAAAUUCUUUAUUGAUUACUUGUAUGUUCAUGUAUGAAUGAAUACUCACUGCAAACAAAUGGUGUUUGUAUAUCUUUGUUACAAUAUUAAUCACAGUAAUACAAGUUUGUAAGCCAGUUAGAAUCACAUCGUUGUUCUCUAUUCUUCGGAUUUUAUUUUGUUUUAGGUAAAUAGGUAAGACUAAUUAAGAACGAGUUGCCAAAGCAUCAUGGUGGACUAAAAAGAAAAGUUGCAGAGAAGAAGAUGAAAACCUCCAAAAACAUACAAUAUAUGAUACUUGUCGUUUAACUAAAAUAUCAAGAACUUAAUUAGAAGACCAGAGGUACCAUUUUGUGACGACAAAUAUCCUUCACCUCCUGUAUACUUUUUCAAAUAUGAAGAAUAGCUCCUGAUUGCUUCCCAUGUACUAGGACAUUCAGAAAUUAAAAACAAUCAGAUCCAAGCAUGCGACUGGCUGCCACUGUGCGGUCACGUCUGCUUUUAAUAGAGGGCUGGUUAUUAAUUAGAAAUGGUCAGCUUUUCCUGUUGGAACGGUUUCAUCUGCACGGAUCUCGUCCGUGUUUGCAUGCCCAUGGACCUUCCUUUAUAAAGA